AUGGCCCGGCCGCUGGUACCCAGCUCACAGAAGGCGCUGUUGCUCGAACUCAAGGGGCUGCAGGAGGAGCCGGUGGAGGGCUUCCGGGUGACCCUGGUGGACGAGGGCGACCUGUACAACUGGGAGGUGGCCAUUUUCGGGCCCCCCAACACCUACUACGAGGGCGGCUACUUUAAGGCACGCCUCAAGUUUCCCAUCGACUACCCUUACUCCCCACCAGCCUUUCGGUUCCUGACCAAGAUGUGGCACCCCAACAUCUAUGAGACAGGGGACGUGUGCAUCUCCAUUCUCCACCCCCCAGUCGAUGACCCCCAGAGCGGUGAGCUGCCCUCGGAGCGGUGGAACCCCACCCAAAAUGUCAGGACCAUCCUCCUGAGCGUCAUCUCCCUCCUCAACGAACCUAACACCUUCUCCCCGGCUAACGUGGACGCCUCUGUGAUGUACAGGAAGUGGAAAGAGAGCAAAGGCAAGGACCGGGAGUAUACAGACAUCAUCCGGAAGCAGGUCUUGGGGACCAAGGUGGACGCAGAGCGGGAUGGUGUAAAGGUGCCCACCACACUGGCCGAGUACUGCGUGAAGACCAAGGCCCCGGCGCCCGACGAGGGCUCGGACCUCUUCUACGAUGACUAUUACGAGGAUGCCGAGGCCGAAGCGGACAGCUGCUUUGGGGACGAUGAGGAUGACUCUGGCAACGAGGAAUCCUGA